AUGGUUCUACUGGAUAAACGUAUGCCUAAUCGAACUGUAUUACAUUGGUCUCAUAAUCUUACAAAACCGUUGGCGUAUCUUACUUGGACCGAAAUAGAUAAGCAUUAUCGUUCAACGCAUGAUAUCCCACAAUUUCUUAUUUCUAUGACUUCUCAAUACCCCGCAGAUAUGUCUACAUUUGGAUUGAAUUUCAAUUCUUUCUCAGGUCCCCAGUAUAUUGGCCCGUGUCUAUCCGGGACGCCACUAACAAGUUUGGUUUCAUCAUUUCGAUCUAAUGAUCUCUUUCAAUUCUACAAUCAAAAUUCACUGCUUAAGCGACGUUUACAAAGUUCUAUUUGCGGAAUUACAACACAUUAUUCACCAGAUGAUACAAAAAAACAAUUUCAUACAUUGUUACUCACACCAUAUGGAGAUCUAUUCGAUUAUUGUGCUUAUCUGACAUCAGAUGGUAUUAAUACUAAUGAUUAUGACAUUGUAGAAAGCUAUCAAGUCAAAAGUCAAACAAUUAUUACAAAUUGGUUAUCUGAACUUAGUUGCGAACCUGAGAAUAAACAGCAUGUUAAGAAUUCUGAAGAGAAUGCAAAGUUAUACAAACAGUCGGAGCUCAAAAAUCAUACAGGCACUUUAAACCUAAACAAUAUUGUUUCUGAACGGAGACAAAGUGUUACAAAUAAAUUGAAUAACGAGUCUAUUGUAGAGGAAAGUACCACUGAUAGUAAUACUAAUAAUGAUGAUUAUUUCACUUUAAAGCGUCGCUUAAAUACAUCAGAAUCAUUUAAUAAUAGUUCAAUGGAAUACUCAAAAUGGUUAUUGAGUGAUUUAAAAUCAAUAUGGGAUUAUGAUCAAGUUUAA